AUGAUCUCGUACAGCCUGCAGGAUGCAGGUUCGUUCAUCUUGUGUAAGGGUGGAGGAGAGAACGACAUAGACAUCAUCAUGCCAGAUCCCAGAGAAAACAACAUUCCUCACCAGAGUCAUUUUGGUUUUUCCAAGCUUCUUCUUGCCUUGUUGUUGAUACUUUUCCUGAUUAAGGAAAUCUUACUGUCUGCCUCUUUUAUCAGAAAAGUCUGGAACUGUUGCCCACAGAAUUGGAAGUCAUUUAGUUCCAGUUGCUACUUUUUCUCUACUGAUGCAAAAUCUUGGAAUGAGAGUCAGGAGAACUGCUCUAGAAUGGAGGCUCAUCUAGUGGUGAUCAACAGCAAGGAAGAGCAGGAUUUUCUCACUCAGAAUAUGGAUAAAAAAUCUGCUUAUUUUGUGGGGCUUUCAGAUCCAGAGGGUCAAGGACACUGGCAAUGGGUUGAUCAGACCCCAUACAACCAAAGUGCCACAUUCUGGCAUCCAGGUGACCCAAGUCAUGGUGAAGAGUGUUGUGUAAUAGUAAAUCAUCAUGCUACAUCAUUUCAAUGGGGCUGGAAUGACAUACUUUGUAAAUAUUUUCAAAGAUCAGUUUGUGAAAUGAUGAAGAUCUACAUAUGA